CAAAUACUUCCGGUGUCACUUCCGCCUUUUAAAAUUUAAAGUCCAUGUUCAAAACAAAACACACAUUUACCGCAUUUACGCAAAGGAUUUUCUUUUCAAUGUGAUGUACUGAAUUCUGAUCUUCAUGUGAUUCAUUUGAAGUGCAACACGUGGAAUACAACAGAUUUUGAUGAAAUUCAUAUUGAUCAUGUGACUAUGUGGUUUCCGUUGAUUUAGCCGGCGGUGAUUGUUGGAUCGUUGUAAAAGUCAUCUGCUGCUUCGAACGUGUGGAAUAGUUGCAUCGUUGACAGGAUGGCGGCAAAUACAUUGGUUGUUCAUGUCCUGUUCCAAGGUUUGCUACCAGUUUCUUUAUUAGCAGCUACAAUUUUCCGAUACAAUGCCUUGUCGUUCAUCUACGGCGUUUUCCUUCUACUCUGUCCACUGCUCAAGGCCCCAACACGCUCACCUAUGCCAGGAUGUUCGAAAGCCUACUUGAUUCUUCUUGUCAUCGCCAGCACGCUCUUCACGAUAGGCCAUGCCGCUUUCCAGGGAUUCCUGCUCUUAUCUAGUAACACCAGCAACGAAAGAUAUGGGUUUCAGUUUACAAAUUGUUCAUUUGAUGAAGCAAUACUCAGACAGUUUGGAUUUCAAUCGUAUAUGAAUGUCUUCUGGCCGGACAUCAUCCGUCACCUGGCACCGGACGUACUCAUGGUCGUUAUAUCUGUGAUAGUCCUAACCCUCUGCAGUAAAUUUGCCAGAACGGAACCAGAGACAGACGCACAACACGUCAGAACACAGAAACGCUCUACGGGCACAGAUAAAGCCUUAAAAAUCAUCGGCGAAGUUUUGACGUUGAUUUUCUUGACCGCCAGUGCAAUUAUUUAUCCCUCCGUGACUUCUGCUGUGUAUUUUGUGUCUUUUAUAUAUAUAGCAACAUGGCUGUCAUGCUAUAAGACGUUAGGAGAGAAAUUUGCUGGAUUUCGAAUAUUUCUGUUACUUUACAGUGGACUACAUCUUCUUACAUUACAUUUGUACCAGUUUCAGUUCUUUCAAGAGUUACUUCCGUACGAAUCACUCUAUGCCAGACUUUUUGGUCUCACCAAUAUAGUCCAAACUGACUGCUCAAUCCCUGCUGAACUAGUCCUCUGGCAGCCUGUCAAAUGGACAUAUAUCGUUAGUCCUUGUGUGAUCCUUAUACUCUACUGGGUGUUAGCCUGCGAUGCUAGGGCAUAUCGUCAUAGAAAGGACCAUGUGAUUGAAGAAGAUCCUCAACCUGAUGAAUCAGUUCGAGCUGAUCUCAACAUUCACUCAUCACGAGUCAGUCACCACCGUAAGAAAGGAUUACUGCGCCGAUCAGCAUCAUCGGGAUCCGAACACCAGGAAGUUCUUGAGAAGCCUCGUACUCAACCCCCAGAAAUAAAAUUCAAGAACUUGAACACGAGUCUGAUGGAAGAUGCCGAACGCCAAUCAAAUUACGAUACGUUGACCCCAGUUACGGAUAUGGUACAAGAUGGCGCUCCAGAAGAUGCUGCGUCAAACGAGAUCACAGAGAUCCCGGAGGAAGAAGAAGAGAAGGAGGGGCCGAAGAAGAAGUUGAUCUUGGUCACGAUUGGUCAUUUCAUUUUGAGCCAGAGUUACGUGGCGACCCUGAUUGUUAUGAUGGCGUGGAGCAUCACGUACCACUGCUGGCUGACCUUUGUCUAUCUCCUCGCUGCCUGCAUCAUCUGGAUGAUACCAAAACCAAAUCGUGUCGUUCUCAACCUCUCGCCCAUUAUCCUAGCAUACGCUGAAAUCCUCAUCAUCAUCCAGUACAUCUAUGGCCUCAACCUCACUAGCGCUGAGCUGCCAGAGAAGAUUGAUAAUUUUGACUUGGCGGCGAUUGGUCUGAUUAAGUAUGAGUAUCCAUGUGGGGCGUUAGCUGUCCAGGUGGCUUUCACGGUGAUGUUUUGGCUGAACCUGUGUCAGUUUAUGCGCGAGAGGUACCAGCGGCAACAAGUACUAUCUCACCAGGGGGUGCCACUGCAGACGGUCUCCGUCGAGAACUCGCAGCCCUCCAAUCAACUCCUUCCAGACACUGCAAGUCCCGAGGACAGUGUCAGCGGUAAAGACAAUCCACGGCUUCUCGCCAUAGGGGAGGUGGUCUGGAAGCUGCUAUCACGCUAUUGGAUCCUCAUCUGUAUCGGCAUGUUCCUUGUCCAGACGUUACAGCCAGAUGUCGUUGUCUACAGAAUCAUCUACAUGGCGUUUUUCCUCUAUUUCUUGGUCACCUUCCAGUUAUGUUAUCGCUGGUGGCGUUUAUCACUUCUUGCCUUCUGGUGGAUCAUCAUCAUCUACUCCAUGCUCGUCCUCUGCAUCAUCUACACAUAUCAAUUCGAGGACUUCCCUGAGUAUUGGCACAACGGCACGGGACUUUCUAUGCAGCUCCUCCAUGAUCUUGGUCUUCAACAGUACGAUACGGCCACCCUGUUUGUCAAGCUCCUGACACCAACCGCCUUCUUAAUCGUCAUCAUUCUCCAAGUGAAUUACUUCCAUCAGACGUUCAUGAGUCUUACAGCUCUGGAUCGAUACAAAAACAGGAGCAGAAGGCGCCAUGGAACAGGUUCUGAUCUCGAAGCGUCGCAGGGUUCGCGAGCUGGGCAUGAGGAUGAUGACCAUGACCAGAGCCACGGGACUGAUCCCGAGCGCCGGUACUCCAUGGCUAGGAGAGAAAAAUAUUCUCUUGCAGAAAUGUUUGGGAUUGAAGGUUUUACGAGGGAUGCGGAGAAAUUCAUGGGCUUCAUGAUGAAGAAUACGAACAAGUUAUGGAAACUUGCCCUGUGGAUUGUCUGGCGACUAUUAGAGAUCCACGUCUUUAAGCUGGUCGUUUUUGCCAUCAUUAUGGUCUGUGUGUUUGAGGUGACGGCCAUCAAUUUUCUGUUCCUGCUCUUCCUGGCCAUCCUCACGCCUAUUGUCCAACUACGUGCCUUAUUGUCUGGGAUCUGCAUGAUCUGGGCAUCCCUCGUCAUUCUUGCCAAGAUGACGUUCCAGCUUCAUAUCUUAGAUACAGCGUAUUGGCUGUCCAACUGUUCAUCCGUGCACCAGUACCGAAUGUUUCACUCUCACAUGUACGAUCAUAAAAACGAAGAUAACUUGACAAUAACCCAGCAUGGAAGGCUGCAGGUAACCUCAGGAAAUAGUAGUUACCCCUUCAAUGAGACCAUCGAUAACGCUAAAUGGGUCGGUCUGGAGAAAAGGGAGAAUAUAGCACUCUAUGUUGUGGGCCUAGUCUGUCUCAUCCUUGCACUUGGAUUCGAAGCUGUCGUGAAGAUUCACCAGAAGCAAAUUUCCUACAAUCCCGAGGUCCCACGUCCAAAGCCUGGCAUCAUCUUCCCCGAUACUCGUAGAGAGGACGCGGACAAGGGCAUCAUACCAUGUCUCAAGUUCUUCACGAAUUAUUUCUUUUAUAAGUUUGGUCUUGAGGCGAACUUUAUGAUGAUAGCGAUCACGAUUGUCAUCCGCGGUGACUCGUAUGCUGUGAUGUACGCCGUCAUACUCGGCAUUCUCCUGAUUUGUUCUCGGCGAGCUUGUGCCAGAUUCUGGCCCGUACUUAUCAUCAUUCUCGUCAUUGUCCUCAUCCUGCAGUACGCAUCAUGCUUAGGACUUCCACCCGGUCUGUGUAUAGAGUACCCAUGGACAGCAGCCAUUCACACCAUUCUCGAGCAGUGGAUGAAGCUACCAGACUACGAGCACCCACCAUAUGCAAAGAUCAUGCUAGCUGAUUUCUUUACUUUCCUCUUUGCCUGCCUUCAAUGGCGUGUUUUCAAGAUUGAGAGAUCAGCGUUGCGUGAUAUCUAUGGCGGAGGUGACAACACCGCUCUGACGGGUGAUAUUGAUGAAAGUGAACCCAACCCUACUCAAGAUUUCAUUUCACAAAAGAUGUCGUUACUAGACUACAGCAAAUCGUUUAUUUUCCUCCACAUGUUCUGGCUGACCCUGCUGGCCAUCUUCGUCACCGCGCUCCAGCGCGUCAGCCUCUUCUGUCUCGGAUAUAUGAUCGGAUGCUUCGCCAUCUUAUGGUUUGGACAAAAUCUGCUUUUACGGCCGAGAACCAAACUUCUCAGGGUUUGGGGUUUCCUUCUAGCUUACAACUAUACAGUGAUUCUAUGCAGAACAUUCUUACAAGUGAUAGGUUGUGUGUACUUCAAAGCCCUCCAUACAGAAUACUGUCCUGUCACUCAACUCCUGACUCUCGUGUGCCAGUCGGGGGCAAAUCAAGUGGCUGACGACAGUUAUGAACCGAAAUGUGAAGACCCAGAUGGUGGAGGUCUUGGAUGGGAUGUUGUCUGUUUGGUAUUCAUUUUGAUACAGCGGCGGGCGUACUGCACACAUUACUUCAGACACGUUGUGAUUGAGUUAGAAGUUCAGAACAAACUCUCUUCAAGAGGUGCCCAGUUGAUCAAUUGUCGCCUUGUGAAAGAGGUGCGAGACUACCAUAGGAAGGAGGCGGAACAUCUGGCAAAGAUCAAGAGAAAGAUGGACAUGCUGAAGAAGAAACAGGAGGAAUCGCAUGAGAAAGCGCUAUUUACGUCUAAAGAUCAUUAUAAAAUCAUCCGGUCCGGCGACUAUCAAUUAUUUGAGGAUGUUGAUGAAGAAGAUACAUUCUGGGAUGAAGAGGAGGAAGAAAAACCGAAGGACAAGAAAGCUGGACCGCUACAGCCGCUCUCACCGCUUGCAAUAAUGAAGUCAGUUCUGAGGUUUUUCACACCAGCAAUGGUCUGGAAUGUAUUGAACGCGGCACUAGAGGGCGGUACCAAAGCCGGCCUUGAGGUGGCCAAACAAGAGAAGGUGAAAGCUCUUGAAGAAGAAGCAGUCGCUAAGGAACCAAUGAAAAAAACCCGGACCUCAAGUUCAGCUUCUGAUCGGGACAAACCAGUGAUGGAACGAGCGCCAGAGGUUGUAGAAGAUCAACCAACAGGAGAAGAGGCUCCCAAAGAGAAGUCAACUGAUGGUGGUGAGGAUACCGAUGGGGAGGUUUCCAAAUCUGGAGCAGACGGUGUAGAUGGUAUAGACGGUGUAGAUGGAGUAGAUGAGCAAGAGACAGCAGACGCCGUGACUGAUGUGGAUGAAGAUGAGGAGAGUAAAGUUGAAGAGACGUGUUAUGGCAAGAUAAAGAACACAUUCUUCCUAAUCUGGGCGUUGUUUAUCAGCCUCAUCGAAAGCUUCAUCAAACUCCUCAACAGGAUUUCAUUCGACUAUCGUGUCGUCGCCAACCAGCUCGAGAUCGAGAAACGGGAGGAGAAAGAAAAGAUUGCCCUUACAAAGGCGUGUGCCGAGCCAAUCACAGAGGUCAGCGAAGAUGAGGCUGUUGAAAGAGAGGCUCCCAGGGCCGAGUCGGAGACAAUGGAUGAUGAGGACUCUAGUGAAAUCCGAGAGGUAGAAAAGAGGAAGGCAGCAGGGCCAGGAAAGGAGGUCACAGUUAUCACACCGAUAAAGGGCGAUUAUGUCGAUAUUGAUGAGAUAGAAAUGUAUGAUGGAAUGGAUGAUGUCGACGAGGACGUCACCGAGAUUGAAAAAGAACCCGAACGUCUGCUUAUAUUCCGCCUGAUUCUUGCCAUCUAUCAUGCUGUGGUAUCACGAUCAGAAAUCGUCUGUUAUUUUGUCAUCAUCCUCAACCAUAUGAAUUCGGCGAGUUUGUUGACCCUCGUCAUCCCCAUGUCGAUUUUCCUGUGGGCGAUGUUGUCAGUACCGAGGCCGUCCAAGAUGUACUGGACAUGUGUGAUUACUUAUAUAGAGGGCAUCAUGUUGAUCAAGUACCUAUUCCAGUUUGAAUUCUUCCCCUGGAACGAGGCGGGGAAAAAGAACUUACAAAGUGGUCCAUUCUGGCCUCCGCGAAUCAUCGGCAUCGAGAUGAGGUCAGAUUUCGCUCUCUACGACCUGGCAUUACUACUCUGUAUAUUCAUUCACAGGUCUAUUCUCAAAAGAUACGGUUUGUGGAAAGAUGCUCACGACGCCACAGCUGAACUCGAAAAGUACAAAGGUUCAAGAUCAACGAUACAGUCGCUUACCCCCGAGAGGCGAUCGAUGUCUAAACACAGCACCCCAGAGAAGGGGACGGGAGCUAAUGGGGGGCCCGAGGGGGAGAUAACUGAUGGGGAACAACCGCUGUCUCUGGAUGAGGUUAAUGAAAAGGAGGAAGGAAAAGCAAAGAGGAGUUCUGAGCAACGUUUCGAGGACUGCAUAAUGAGGUGCUGCUCAUCCUUCUUCCAACCUUGGCGGGAAUUCUUCACCAACAUGACAUGUGGCAAAUUCCGUACGAGAAUCGAUGUCUACACCGUUAUUUUCUUCUGCGACAUUGUGACUUUCCUUAUUGUCGUCUUUGGUUAUAGUUCAUUCGGACCAGCGUCUGCCGGUGAGGGUGGUGAUGUCAACAGUUUCCUAUCGGAAAACAAGAUUCCUGGUCCAUUCCUUGCCAUGUUAUUGAUCCAGUUCGUAUUCAUUGUGAUCGAUCGUGCCCUCUACCUCAAGAAGUUUGUGCUCGGAAAGUUUGUGUUCCAGAUCACGCUCGUGAUCGUGAUCCACCUGUGGAUGUUCUUCAUCCUGCCUCUUACCACGGAAAGGAAAUUUGUUGACAAUUUGGCAGCUAAGUUGUGGUAUUUCACCAAGUGUGUCUACUUUGGUUUCUCAGCAACGCAGAUAACGUCAGGAUACCCUACGAGGAUUCUGGGUAAUAUCUUGACCAAGGGUUAUUCAAUGCUCAACAAAAUUGCCUUCAAAAUAUUUUUAGCCAUCCCGUUCUUGCUUGAGUUACGUACUCUGAUGGACUGGAUUUGGACCGAUACCACCCUUGAUCUACUCUGCUGGCUGACCAUGGAGGAUAUCUUUGCCAAUAUCUUCUUGCUGACCUGCGAGAGACAUGUUGAGGCAAACUACCCCACCGCCCGUGCAGUCAAAAAGCGUGGCCUGAUGAAAUUCCUAAUCGGAGGCAUCCAACUGGCUGGUAUCAUCUUCAUCAUUUGGUUCCCGCUGCUGUUGUUUUCGCUGGCGAGUGUAAUCUCUGUGCCUUACCCACCUUAUGACUGUACCGUGCAGAUUAGAAUUGGCGGAUAUGAGCCAAUCUUUCAAAUGAGUGCCCAGCAGCAAUUUAUAAAUACGGUUACUCCUACUGAGUUUGAUAAUUUGAAAUUCAAGUACACAGCUCAAGGGGAUGAUAAGGGAGCAGUCGGCUUCUUCACCAAUUACGACAACACUGAUGUGCGCGUCAUCACGAUCCUUGGUAACUCCUCCUCCGCCUGGAGUAUCAGCUCGCCAAGUCAGAAGGCCCUCAGAACCGAUCUCCUCUCUCCUAACCCUAUCAAUGUCUAUUUUGACAUAUCAUUUACGAGAGAAGUGAGCAUGACGAAAGAUGCGGCCGUGACUGCCCGGCAUCAGGCCAUCACCCCACUGGCUCCAGGCAGUCCGACACGAGAAAAAAUAGCGCACAUGUUAGACCCGGGUUCUGACAGUAAGGGAGCGGUAAAAAUCAUGGAGCUGUUCCCGCGAUUCUAUAGAGUCUACUCAAACGGGGAGGCAAGACCCGCUCGCCAGUUACUUGAUAAUGUGAUACAUCUAAGUAACGCAACUCUGCAGUUACGUAACGGAGCAAUAGAUGUCGCCAAUGUAUCAGUGGAGCAGCAGUGGUGGGAGGUGCGCGAGUUGAUGCAGGGGACACUAUUCCUACCGGAUUCAAAAGCACCAGAGGUUCCUACGACAAGUUUGACUGUUGUGGCCUUCAGUGAUCGAGCUAGUCCUCAAGUGCUUUCAUUUAUUCCUGGUUCAGGAACAAUUAUAGGAAUUUAUGUGUCAUUUAUUCUCUUGAUUGGCAAAUUCUUACGGACUAUGUUCACGGGCAUGAAGGAGGAUGCGAAGUACCGUCAAAUGCCCUACGUGGAUCGGAUACGGGAGUUGUGCUUCAAUAUCUAUCUCGCCCGAGAGUCACAUGACUUCGCCCUUGAGGAGGAACUUUUCGCCAAACUCGUGUUUGUGUAUCGAUCACCAGAGACGAUGAUUAAGUGGUCACGAUACCCGAAGGAGAAGACUGAGUAGCAACAGAAACGAUUUGGAAUGUUGGCCCUGAAAGGGCGACGUGAUCAUUAGCAAAGCCCAGCAGUCUCACUGUGAGAAUCACUUGAGUGAAUUGAUAAAGACGAAGAAUAGCUCAGAUUGGCACCUGCUCAGUGGCUCUCACUCCUACUGGUGGGUUGGGGCUUGAUCUUUUAAAGUUAAGAAAAAGUUGACAUGAGAAUAUUUGAGUUUUUCUGAAAUCUACAUUCUUUAAAGUACUCAAUGGAGUAUCAGUCUCACCAGGCACUUAUCAUCAAUGUGAAGGUCACAUUAUUAUAUAUUAUAUCAUGGAAUGAGUUUGAUUUCACCUAACUUGAUUCAAAUCCUGUGUAAACUUCAUGUAACAAGAUAUCCAUUAAUGUACAUAACUUCCACAAACUUAAGACGAUACGGAUUGUAUUUGUAACCUGGUAGACUUUUUUGUAAAUUUGUAGAUAUUGUAAGAUAAUACAGAUAAUUUUCUUGCUAAAAUCAUGUUUCAAAGCCACUACUCUUUCACCAUUACACUUGCUUCCUCAAUUUAUGUGUCAUCGCUGAAAUUACUUGCUCAAAUAUCUAACUGUUGUUACAAUUAUUCACCCUCUGUCUCUUGAAUUUCUCCAAUACAGAUACAGUGGAACCCCGUAAAAAGCAAAACAAGAUGAAGGCAUUUAAAGCCAAGUCGUUUAUACUUCAGCCGACCUGAAGUUGAUCUAAAAUGCUGACACCAGCCAAUAAGUUAGUCAGUUGCAUCAGAUGCAGUCAUUUGGGAAAAGGGGGGUGCGAUCUUGGAACUAUGAGGGUCGGAUUCCAUUCUUGAUGUUUUCCGUUAAGUUUCGGGCAACUGGAAGUUCGGUCAAAUCAUUCACAUGAAAAGGUUUGCCUCAAUUUCAGGUCGGCUCUAAAUGUGUCUUGUGAUAUGCGAUCCUAGUCUGCUAAACCUGAAUCUUAAUUCUCCAGGCAAGUGUUGAAAUGACCAGUGUGAAAGUAAAUGUAGUCGCUCAGGAGAAGAAGUCCUGCCCUAUUGUUCAAUCUUGGAGAAGGUCUUGGAAUACGAUCUUUUGUGGAAUCCUAUUCCUAUGACUUGCAACCCAAAGGACUAUAAUCCCUUUUACACCACACCAGGCUAACAGUGGAGUAAACCCUGUGAAAAUGUUGUUUGCGAUGUGUGAUUUGGUGCACAGCAUAUGCAUGAGGUUUAUGUGGCCAGGUUGAAUGGAUGGUAGCUAUGAUUCUGUUGUCGUGCUAAAGUGUGCAUGUCAAAGAGUUUCAGUUGAGUGGUAGUCAAGGUUACUAGUAUGUGUGUUUUGUGAGUAGUUGCUGUGACUGUGUGAUCGUUUAGACUCCCCUCCAGGUUCUUUUCUGUUUUGUGUGGCCUUAUUCUCUGAGUAUUGAUGCUUGAUUGGUGCACGCAGAGUGUUUGAAAUGUCUGUCUUGUCGGUAUCCACACCUCUUCUGUCCCAGAUUGUCAAGUUCAGUGUGUGUAUUGGUUAAUUCAGAUCGUGCUUGUAGACUUGGAGCGUAAUGCCAGCACACACGAUCAAAUUAUGAAAAUACUGAUUCAGGUCAGGUACUAUGCCUUGAAAGUAAUGGUCCACAUGUAUAGACCGAAAUCAGCAUUAUCAAAAAAUCAGAUAACAAAUUUGAUCAUGUGCAAAAAGCAUAAAGAUGUUUGUUUGCCUUGGGAAUUAAAUGUUCAGGGUUAAUUUGGAGCAGGAACUGAACAUGAAUGUGACACAUUGUAUUCUAAGUACGUAGUCCAGUUCCAUAUAAGUGUAACAUUUUCAUGAAUAUUCACAUGUCUUUCAAAGUUUUCUUGUGGAGUGUUAGGUGACACUGACACUACAUGUAUUUAUGAUGACUUGCCAUCACUCUAUGCUUGUUGAAAACGACACUGGACGUGGUCAGUAUCUUACUUCUAAUGCUGCGUUCAGAUACAAGAAUUGUUCAAUCAAGACUUUGCUAUAUUAUCUUAAUUAACGUUUAACUAUGAAUUUAACAAAACACAGAUUUGUACUUAACCAAAAUAUAGCCUAAAGUAUCUAUGAAGAGAAAUUCAUCUAUGUAAAGUUAUUUACAUGUUUAAAACAUGUAGGCUGAAUUACUUUCUGGUUGAAUGAACUAUAUCACAUCAUAUAGCGCCCCUAGAUCACUUAUAGAGUCUCGCAUAAUUGUCAAUUCUAAAUUUGUUGUGUAUGCAAUUAUGAAAUCUCAUCAAAUUCACAAGGUUUUGUAAGAUGACCAUGACUCAGUCAAUGGAGCAGAUACAUUAUAUUUGAGAUGUCAAUUCUAAAAUCAUGUGUGUAUGCAAUUCGAAUAUUUGAUUUCAUAUGAAAAGCUAACAUUGGCCUUAUGUAAGUGUCUUUAUCUCGGCCUGUGACUCUUGAAUGUGUGUUUGUUAUAAAAUAAAUCCGGUCGGUGCUUUGAAAA